CUGCCCUGACGUGGCUGCCGUCGCUUCGGGGUGGGAGGCGGACGGCGGCAGGCGGCGCGGAGAGCAAACGAGAGAGCUGCUCCCGGCGGCGGUAGCAGAAGCAGCAAAGGAUGCUCCGGUCGCCAUGGCAGCAGCAGCGGCAAGAGUACAACUGGUUCUGUAAACUCUAACUGGCCAAGGAACUUGGGGCAAUGAAAACCUUUCUUGCAGCUGUUGAUUGGGUAUCUAUGGAUUCCAAACCAGGAGGACAAGGUUUGGUGGAUAGCCAGCUCAAGUGCCUGGCCGAAAAGCAAAGGAAGUUGUUGGUCAUGUGUAGUCAUUCGGGAGCUCUCUGAUCAACAGCUCAGUGGUGCCUUGUAACAGCCAAGACUUCAUCCUGCUUCCAAGUGAACUCUUCCAACCCUGUCCCCCAAGAACCCUUUGAUUAAUUUUUAUUCAUCUUGGAGAGGCAAUGUCAAAUGAAAUUAUUGACAGAAGUUAAUUUUUGAAGACAGAGAAAGCAAGGCAACAACAAAAGAAAAGUUGGGAAAUAAAAAUCCUUUAUUUACUUAGUUUUCUUCAGAUGCAUUGUUAAUUGACACAUAUUUGGUGGCAGCUUAAUUUUUUAAAGGAAAUUGCAGCAGUAACCUAAACAAUAAAACAAAUAGUACAAAUAUACAACAUGCCCAAAAACUAUUGUCCAAGCCUACAGUAAAUCAGCAAUUAUACAGAUCAGCAAUUUAAUACAUGUAACAUCAAGGGACCUUAUAAUUUUUCCCCCCCAAAAAAACAUGUGGGACAGACAUAAGUUAAUAUCCUUAUAUAGAAGCUGUUCAGUAAUAGUGGUCUUUCCUUUUAAUAAAAUAUAGGAAUCUUACAACUCAUUGAAGAUGCUAACUUUCCUUGAAAACAAAGCAGUGUCUUCACAGCAAAUAAGAGCAAUUCAGUUUUGUGUUGUCAUGGCUUUUGCUCUAUACAAAUCAUUUUUUCUGGAAUAAAAAUAUUUUUCUUAAAAAAAGAGAAAAUAAUCAAAAGAAAAAAGAGAUGGAUCAGAACCAUGUCAGAGAAACAUGUGGAUCAGAACACUGUACAGUAAUAAAAAAAAGUGAUGGAUGUAGGUGAAAAGAACAACAAGGAGUGAAGAAAGACAUUGUAUGCACCUCAUGGCAAUAGCUAGACUUUUUUUCUGCAGCCUUCUCCUGUUUAGGAGAUAGCCACGGAAGUAAUCAUUGGGUUCUCUCUUCUGUGUGGAUUCAUAUCCCUGGAAGGAGGCUGCACAAUGAAUCGUGGAGGCGACAGCAGCUCCAUGGAGGAACUAUCCAAAGCUACUCUGCACAUUAACUCACUUUGGUGGCUGGCUUGUGGGCUUCUUGCGCUGUUAGCCAACUCCUGGAUAAUCUUGAGCAUCACAGCGAAGCAACAGAAGCACAAGCCCCUGGAGCUCCUGCUCUGCUUCCUGGCAGGGACACACAUUCUCAUGGCUGCUGUGCCACUUACAACCUAUGCCGUGGUACAGCUGCGACGUGAAUCUUCUGACUAUGACUGGAACGAAAGCAUUUGUAAGGUCUUUGUCUCUACCUAUUAUACAUUGGCCUUGGCCACAUGCUUCACCGUGGCCUCUUUAUCUUAUCACCGUAUGUGGAUGGUAAGAUGGCCAGUCAACUACCGGCUGAGCAAUGCCAAGAAGCAGGCUCUGCAUGCCGUGAUGGGCAUCUGGAUGGUCUCCUUCAUCCUUUCUACCUUGCCAUCCAUUGGCUGGCAUAACAAUGGAGAGCGUUAUUAUGCCAGUGGCUGCCAGUUUAUUGUCAGUAAGAUCGGGCUAGGCUUUGGUGUGUGCUUCAGCUUGCUUCUUCUUGGAGGCAUAGUCAUGGGCUUGGUAUGUGUGGGUAUUACUUUCUACCAGACCUUAUGGGCACACCAAAGGCAUCAUAGAUGCCAUCACCAAAGAACAGAAGAUGCCUCUUCUUGUCCUUCUUCAGUUCACAACACUUUCAAUGUGCCAGCCAUUGUAGUAGAGGAUGUCAGAGGCAAAAGAAGAUCAUCACUGGAUGGAUCUGAAUCGGCAAAGACUUCCAUGCAGAUGACCAAUCUCAUCAGUGCAAUUGUUUUUCUGUAUGACACGCUGACUGGUGUACCCAUUUUGGUGGUCAGCUUCUUCAGCCUACGCUAUGACACUGCUCCCACCUGGAUGGUGCUGGCAGUGCUCUGGUGCUCCAUGGUGCAGACGCUGCUACUCCCAUCAUUCAUCUGGUCUUGUGAACGUUAUCGGGCAGACGUCCGGACUGUCUGGGAACAAUGUGUAGCAAUAAUGUCAGAAGAUGAUGGGGAAGAUGAUGGCCCUGGUGAUGAUUAUGGAGAUGGAAGGUUCUGCAAGGUGCGAUUCAAUGCCAAUGGUGCUACAGCCAUGAAGCAGGAUCCUAGAGAUGCUAAGCUGCUGCCAGUGCACCAUAUGCUGUUGCCCCAUGACAGGGUACAUUAUUUGCAGGUUCCUAUCUCCCGGAGGAUGUCUCACGAUGAAACCAAUAUCUUUUCCUCCCAUCGUUCAACUCCUUCCUUCCUUCACAAGUGGUCCUCAUCGGAUGACAUUCGGGUGGCUGCUCCAUACAGACAUGGAGGACCCUCCAGUUUUCUGCCUCCAGAGUUCCGUAGCUACCAUCCCCGUCGAUGUUCCCCUGAGGAUGAGUUCACUACACUUCGGCAUUUUCUAGAAGCCGGAAUGGCUCGGGGACCUGGACCUGGCUCCAGUGCUUGCUUCUUCCGUGAUGAGAUUACGACCUUUAUUGAUGAAACACCGGUGCCCUCCCCUCACAGCACCCCACAUCACUCACGCCUCCCAUUCACAGUACAGCGUGAGAGGCACCAUUCCCUAAACGGUGCCGAACUAGAAGGCCCCGAUAGGAAUCAACAGUGUUCAUUGACUGAUGGCGAAAGUCUAUACCUCUGUGCUGGAGAACAGGGGCCUGGCAAAUGGACCAUGACAGCUCAUGGGGCACAAUCCUUGCAGGAAGUCAGCCUACACAAUGGCACCAAAGGCAAUAGCUCUGCUGUGGAUUUUUAAGGAAAUCCCAGAACUCAAAAUUUAGGCUCCCAUUUUUUUCUUGAUACUCCAAGAGGACAAGAGUUAUGCCAUAAGGGAACCUGAUACGGAGUGGGGAAUAGUAGUGAGAGGGUAGAAAAAUGUCAUGGCUGGAGAGCACAAUGGCAUCCUGCUUUCAGUGGACAGCUUGAGUCCAGACCACCCUAGUUAAAUGAGAGCACUCUUUCUCUGCUCUCGGCAGCGUUGUUAGCACUAUCCAUUUCUCACCUUUCUUAGCUCCACUCAUGAGAGGAAAAAAAAUCGGCUGUGGUGAGAAGGAAUAUAUAUAUAUGGAAAGUAUAUUCCAUAUAUAUAUAUAUGGAAUGUCACAUGUGUCUGGUUUUUGUUUUAGUGUUAAUUAAUCAUGUUUUUGUGCUAUUAAAGUGAUUCAGGCUACAAACCGAUAUGUACUUAGCUGGGAAUUAGUGCCCCUAAAACUACAGGAUGCACCACAAAGGUAUAUAAGAGAGUGCUGUCAUCAAGUGCUUAGUAAGUCUUAGCAGGACAAACUGGGAAGAAUCACCCUCAGCUAACCUUACCUACCAAUGAAGUGCAUUAAAUGUGAAAAGAGGACUCACUUGCAGUGAUCAUGAAAGUGUUUAUCAUGCAUUCCAAUGUUGUUUGAUUAUGGGCUAUCAAGUCAAUGUUGACUUCUAGAGAUCAGUAGCUCACAUGUAAUACUACAGCAGUUCUUACAAUGGGUUUCUUGGAAAGCAUUAUCAUCCAUACAUUACAGAUGAGGAAGGAUAAUGGGAGACAUAAAAUGUUCAAGAAAGAAAUGGACAGUCACCAUCAACAGAGACUGAUGAAAGCAGGAUUUCAUUAGAUCUUUGACAGCUAUCUUUUAUCAUUAUUCCAUCACAGAUGCAAACAUGAGCGGAGCUAGUGCCAAAAACUGGAAGAAAGAUACUAUAAACAGCUGAACUUGUCUGGGUUCAUAUUUUCAAAGUUUAUUUUUAUGCCAGAUCUAUCCCCAGAGGGUAGUAGUUAAUUCAGGGGAAAGAGAAGAAGGGGUUUGUCUAGUGUUGUAUUCACAGUUGAAAUAUUUCCAUAUGAUGUUUUUAGUGUGCAGUUAGAAUUUUAUGAAGGUGAAGAUGUUAUUUUCCAUCAGUCAGUUUUCCAUGUUUCCUACAACUAUUUUUUACCAAAGAAAAUGCAUUAAGGAAAGAAAGAUGGAAUAGUGGCAUGGUGCCUUUUGAUUGGUACUACCUAAGAGACAACCAUUUGAGGAUAUGGAGUAUGGAUAUAUCAUGCCUUGUUCACUCACAUUUUGUUGGUAAUGGGGGAACAUACAUAUCAGUGAUGGGUUGCCCCGGUUCGGACCGGUUCACAAGAACCGGUAGUAAAACCAGUGGGAGGCUCCACCCACCGACACGGAUGUCAUCAGGAAGUUUCUGUGCAUGUGCAGAAGUGUGUGCAUGCACGGUCCCGUUGCAAACCAGUAGAAAAGGUAAGUGGAACCCAUCCGAUAUAUAUGUGAUCCAUCUAUGUUGUAGCAGAUGGUAGCAACUAUCUGAUUUUGACUGAUAUCCCCCAAAAGCUAAACAGAGUUGGAUCUAGUUAGUAAUUAAAUAGAAAUUACCAGGAAGUGCUAGUAGGCUGGACCAGGAACUCAUCAAACAUUCCAGAAGACAGCUUUGAUUUUUAUUCCUUCAUUUUACUUCUAAUGAUCUUGAUCUUUAGUCCCUUCAAAUAACAUCGUGGAAUGUGAUUUCAUUUUUUUUCUUUGACCCUUCUCACAAAGUUCUUUAAAACUUUAACAAACCUCUUUUGUAAAUCCAUAGGAAAAAUAUCCAGAGUUUCUCUUAAUUAAAAUGGAUAUACAAGUAACAAAUUAUGAUGAUCAGUUGUUCUUUUGUAUGUCCAGUGUAAGAUCUUUUUCCAUAUCCUUCUUGUAGCUUGUCAUCUUUAAAUCCACUUUCAAUUCAGUCUCAAUCUUGUCAAGUAAAACCUUUCAUAACAUCUUAUUAAACACAUUCUAUAAUGACACUCUUAAAAUUAACUUCUGCAUCCAUGGUUCAAAAAUAUAUGUCAAUGUGUCCAAUAUUAAUUUUGUUUCAUUCUGUAAUUGUAAGUUGAAAUUGAGAUUUCUCUUUUCAUUGUAAUUUUUAGUUCUCUCUAG